AUGGGGCAUCAAGAGUACUCCUCAGAAAUCAAGAACCAAGUGGUUCAAUUCAUCAUUGGAAGGUGCAUCGACAUUGUUCCUCCUCGCGGCACACUUAAGGAGACACAGCUCAAAUUCAAAAUCUCCCGUCAAACCUGUACACGGUGGUGGAAUGCUGCAAAGAAACAACAACAAAGAGGAGAAUCAAUGCAAUUGAGAUGCAACCUCUUAAGUAUGGCAGCCGGUUUGGGUUGUUCAAAAGCCACUGUUUGGAGGUGGGUUAAGGCUGGCCUAAUUAGGCCACACACAUCAGCCAUUAAGCCCAGCUUAACAGCUACAAACAAGUUGUUGAGACUGAGAUUCACAGUUGAAUCUUUAGAACUAGACAGGAUCUUGAACAAGAUCAAGUUCAAGAACAUGUACAACACCAUACAGAUUGAUGAAAAGUGUUUUAGGCCAUUGUUUGGUGUUAAUGGUGAAGUCUUGUUUCAUGGAAAAAUUGGAAUUUUUCCACUUACCAAACAAGUUCCAGCGAAAAGGUCAAGCAAAAAUAGAAAGACAGACACUUUGGAGACAAAACUCAUAGAGAGUAUCACAAAAGAUGUGACCAGGGACUGCUUGAUCAAUAAGAUAUUACCUGCCAUCAUAGCCAAGUGGCCUGAUGGGGCAACUAAAGUUCUCAAGAUACAACAAGACAAUGCAAGACCACACAUCAAAGACAAUGAUCCAGCUUUCAAAGAAGCUGCACAACAAAGUGGUUUCUCAAUAUCACUUGUGCAAAAACCACCUAACUCACCUGACACUAAUGUCAAUGAUUUGGGUUGGUUCAGAGCAAUACAAUCACUGCAAACUCAGACUGCAUGCAAAAAUGUGGAUAAUUUAGUCAAUGCAGUGGUGCAAUCAUUCAAUGAAUUACAGCCACAGACUUUGGACAAUGUUUUCCUAAGUCUUCAAGGCUGUUUUAUGGAAAUCAUGAAAGUCCAGGGUCAUAACAGCUACAAGCUGCCCCACAUAGGGAAAGCACAUUUAAGGAAGACUAAUCAACUUCCAAUGGAUCUAGAAGUUCCAGUGGAACUGGCUAUGCAAGCAAUUGCUUAUCUGCGGGACCAAGGGAGCAACCAGGGAUUGGAGAUGAUUGCCCAGUCAUUAGGAUUAUGA